AAAGAGCAACUCUAAGAGGAGGAGAUGUUCUACUCCCAUCAGCUUCUAGCGAGGAAAGCUCCUCUCGGCCAAAUCUGGAUGGCGGCGACGAUGCAGUCCAAGAUCAAUCGGAGGAAGCUUAACCAGCUGGACAUUAUCAAAAUCUGUGAAGAGAUCCUGAAUCCCUCCGUCCCGAUGGCCCUUCGGCUCUCUGGAAUCCUCAUGGGCGGUGUGGUGAUCGUCUACGAGCGGAAGGUUAAGCUUCUCUACGACGACGUCACACGUUUUCUGGUGGAGAUUAACGAAGCAUGGAAGGUUAAAGCAGUCAGUGACUCCACCGUACUUCCCAAAGGAAAAACCCAGGCCAAGUUCGAGGCCGUUACGCUUCCGGACAACGUCGAUAUGGAAGUGGAGCAACCCAUGCACUUCCCGGACGCGUCCUUCUCCGCCGCGAGAUUCCAGCACAUGCGAUUGGACGACCUGGAUGAAUUCUACGUCAACAUCGACCUCAGAGACGAAGAAGACGUUUCGCACCGUCACCAAGCUGAGCCGGCCAAUAUCACUCUGUUUGAUGAUUUCGGGUCAGGCGUUGCCCAGACCGAUCUUUAUAACCGCUUCGAGAGGUUUGAUAUAGAAGGAGACGAUGAUACCCAGAUAAAUUUCACUCCUCAGGAGCAACCACAGGUCCCGAGCACUCUGAUGCCCUCGCCCCCGCCACAGGAUGAGCAGCCACCAGCCCCGGGCUCUUGCAUCCACUCACCUCCUGCACGGCAAGAGCCACCACAAGCACAAGGUGGGAUCAUGGACCAUCAGAUGGACGAACGGGAGGAUCAGCAGGCAAAGAGGCCUCAGCCACCAAAAAGGAAGGCACGUAGAAAUAUCACCCAGGUGAUCAUGGACAAUGAGCUACUCAUGAUCCCAGGAAGCAUAUACCAGACAUGGCUUCAGGACUCUUCCAACAUUGUAUCGAAAAGAGGAAGAACCAUUAAGUCCCUUAAUCCUGUUCUCUCUACAAAAAUAAGCAACCUCAUGGACUUGCCACCAGUGGCUCUGAUUUCUGGUCUAGAAAUGUUUCCAGAUGAGAUAUAUUACCCUGCCCCGCUUCUUGAGCAAUGGAGGAAGUGUACUGAGCCAAAGCUUGACAAUACUUCAUCUUCAGGAGGAACGCCGCCACCGGCACGACAGCCACAAACACACUCAACGCCUGUUGCAUUCUAUCCUCAGGAUGUUCCUCAAUUUCCUCCAGAGGAAUUUCGGAGUGUAAUAGGAUCACACCCACUGGAUAUCUCAAUAGAGAAGCUCAGAGCAAACCUAGAGAACAUGGACUUCCAAGGAGUCGAUGAUGCAGCGUCCAGCGACCAUUUUGUCACUCCAGGAAGUCCUGGAGGAGGGAGUUCUAAGUCCAUUCCCAGCUCUGGCUCUGGACACGCUUCCAUUCCAUUUGAACCUGAGAUACUACCUGCAAGAAGGUCUAAAAGAAGGCAGCACUCAUCAUCAAGGACUACUCUGGGGAGCCUUGAUCCGGUUGAAGAGGAGUUCCCACUGCAGCAAGAAGUGAGAGACUCCAAGAAGAGAAGAUUGUCCGGGAAUGGACCUACCCCUGAUUUUGAAUUAUUGGAGGAAACAGGACCCACUCAAACCCCACAUCCCGUGCCCUCCGAUCCCGCUGUUGACAAGAUCACUCAAUCAAUUCGCACGCAACUCAAGUUGCAUUUUGACACGCCUGGCACGGCACAAGCUGAAUCACUCAACCAGCUUGCUUUUGGGAUGAAUCGGAAGAGAGCUGCUCAGCUCUUCUAUCAAACAUGCGUUCUCGCAACCUGCGAUUUUAUCAAGGUCCAACAGGUGGCGGCAUACGGCGACAUUUUAAUAUCAAAGGGACCCAAGAUGUAAGUUCUUCAAAUCAGAGGACGAAUAUGACAUCCUGGAUGGAGACAAGCUCACCUAGCCUUUCUCACGAAGAGAUGCUGUUGUUCUCACGUUUUCCAGGAUUAAUUAGUUCUCUCUUUCUUUUUAGUAGGUAAAGAAUUAGUUCUCUUUCAUAACGCAUGAUGGA